AUGGGGGAAACCAAAAUAAUUUACCACCUCGACGAGCAGGAGACUCCAUAUCUUGUAAAGUUGCCCGUGCCUGCAGACAAAGUCACUCUAGCAGACUUCAAAAACGUCCUGAAGAAACCGAAUUACAAAUUCUUCUUCAAAUCUAUGGACGAUGACUUCGGAGUGGUAAAGGAAGAGAUAUCUGACGACAACGCUAAGCUGCCCUGUUUCAAUGGACGUGUGGUGUCAUGGUUGGUGUCGGGAGAUGGAUCUCAGACAGAUGCAGGCUCGGUGGCCGACAGCUUAGAGCAGACACCACCUCUGGAGAGAACCGGGGGCAUUGGAGACUCCAGACCACCCUCCUACUAUGGGAAAGCAACGAGUGGGCGGGACAGCUUGGACAAUGACACAGAAACCGGCUCCAUUGUGUCGCAAAGGAGAGACAGAGACAGGGAGAGGCCAAGACGGAAACACUCAAACGACCACGGUGGAAGGCAGAAUGGGUAUUCAUCGCGAGCGAUGGGACGCGGAGCAGCCGAGUACGACAGCUGCUCAUCUUUCAUGAGCAGCGAGCUCGAGUCUACGUCCUGCUUCGAUUCAGAAGAUGAUGAUGCAACCAGCAGGUUCAGUAGUUCCACUGAGCAGAGCUCGUCUAGAUUAAUGAGACGACACCGCCGUCGCCGAAGGAAACCAAAGGCGUCCAAUAUGGACAGGUCUUCGUCAUUCAGCAGCAUCACCGAUUCGACCAUGUCUCUGAACAUUAUCACCGUAACUCUUAAUAUGGAGAAGUACAACUUCUUGGGUAUCAGUAUUGUGGGUCAGAGUAAUGAGAGGGGAGAUGGAGGGAUCUAUAUUGGCUCCAUCAUGAAGGGAGGAGCUGUGGCUGCAGAUGGACGGAUAGAGCCUGGAGACAUGCUCUUACAGGUGAAUGACAUAAACUUUGAGAAUAUGAGUAACGACGAUGCGGUGCGGGUGCUGAGGGACAUCGUGCACAAACCGGGCCCUAUUACUCUGACUGUUGCAAAGUGCUGGGACCCGAACCCUCGGAGCUGUUUUGCUCUUCCCAGGAGCGAGCCCAUCCGGCCCAUCGACCCAGCUGCAUGGGUGUCCCACACAGCCGCCAUGACCGGGGUUUACCCUCCAUAUGGGAUGAGCCCUUCCAUGAGCACAGUCACAUCCACCAGCUCCUCCAUCAGCAGCUCCAUUCCCGAGACUGAAAGAUUUGAUGACUUUCAUCUGUCAAUUCAUAGCGACAUGGCAACAGUUGCUAAGGCUAUGGCCUGUCCAGAGUCGGGACUGGAGGUGCGGGACAGGAUGUGGCUGAAGAUAACAAUCGCUAACGCCUUUAUUGGGUCUGAUGUGGUGGACUGGCUCUUCCAUCAUGUAGAAGGAUUCUCAGAUCGUCGGGAAGCACGUAAAUAUGCCAGCAACCUGCUGAAAGCGGGCUACAUAAGGCACACUGUUAAUAAGAUCACAUUUUCUGAGCAGUGUUACUAUGUCUUCGGGGACCUAUGUGGCAAUAUGGCCCAUCUGUCCCUGCAUGACCACGAUGGCUCUAGUGGGGGGGCCUCAGACCAGGACACAGUUCCUCCUCUGCCUCACCCAGGGGCUGCUCCAUGGCCAAUGCCUCUGCCUUAUCAGUUUCCUAUUCCACAUCCUUAUGACCUGCCACAGCCUUUCCAUGGAGGACCAGGAGCAGGCAGUGCUGGAAGCCUGCACAGUGGAAGCAGUGGCUCUAACUGCAGCAAGAACGAGGGCCGGAAAUCUGGUGGCAGUGGCAGCGAAUCUGAGGUCAGGAGCAACAGAGCCCCUAGUGAGCGAUCAAUAGCUCCCCCUAGUGAGCGCAGCAUCCGUAGCUCUGUCAGCCACCGCAGUGCCAACUCUCAUUCAAUUGCCUAUGGGCCCGGCCUUGUCUACGGUCCCCCCGGGCUGCCACCCCAGCCCACACAUUUGUCUACCGCUGCACCUGGUGCUCCACAAGGCAGAGAGCUGCCAUCUGUGCCUCCUGAGCUGACCGCUUCCCGCCAGUCUCUGCGUAUGGCAGUUGGCAACGCUGGAGAGUUCUUUGUCGACGUAAUGUGACCAUGUGUUGAAGUUGGGAAUAAAGUAGCAGGUUGGAUGUUCUUAUCACCAUUUAUGUGAGGAGGACAUUGUGACAGGUUGAAGGAGGCAGGAAAGAUUGCAAAAGCUGUAACUCAAGGUCUUGAUAACUUUUUCAAAAGCAUAAAACCAACCUAGUUUUGCAUGCUGAUAAAAAAAAAGAUGUCCUUAUCACUUGUGCUUCUCUCCCAAGUAAUAAUGUUCAUACUUUCUUCAGUGAAGAAAAACCCCUUUUUCAAGAUGGAACCAAAGUGUCUUUCUCAGGGUGGGUGGAAGUUUGUUUAAGGACAAGGCUGGAGUGAGAUGGCUCUGGAGGAAACGCUCAACUGGAAGGAUGACUCAGCUUAAAACCACAUGGAUGGGGUUCAUUUAUGCUGCUCUUUACUCUUCCCACCUCUGCUCUGCUUUCCUUAUCUGUUCAGUCCACCCACCCCCCCCAGUCCUCUCCAUGGCAUGACAAAAUGAAGCCUUUCCUCUGUUCUUUUUGUCCAUACUCUGACCUCUAACAAGAAAAAACUAAAGAACACUAAAUGCUAACCUUGAUUCUAAUGUUUAUGAUACUUGCUUGGCAUAAAAGAGAAGAAAUGAGAGCUUUUGUAUGUAGAAUUGCAGUUGUUUUUUACUGUAAUGUUGCAUUUUUCUUAUAAUAUACAUAGUUGGUCACUACCAAGUUCAUUUUAAAGCUUAACAGGAGCAUUGAACAUUAAGAGUCAUUUUUACACUACAAUGUUAAAAUAUUUCUGCUAACCAGAGAACUUUCGGUCUCACAAUGUAUAGUGAAACUUUUCUUACCAGGCUUUUCACACUACUCUUUGAUCAAGGAAAAUGUCUUUUUAUUUAUAAAUAUAGUUUUAUGACAUAAA